AUGGGUACGUCGAACGGAAUUCUGAAAGAAUUUCUUCACGAUUGCCAGGUUACGCUGGAGAAAGAAACGGAAAGCAAGACCGCAAUUUACAUGAACAGCGAUGACCGCUGGAAUCUCGCUACGCGACGGGGUCAAAAGCGGAUAGAUACUGUCAUCCUUCCCGAGGACGUGAAAAAGGACUUCUUUGACGACAUUGCGGAGUACCUUGACCCAGAGGCCGUAGCUUGGUACGCCGAGCACGACCAGCUCUACCACCGUGGCUACUUGCUCUAUGGCGCGCCCGGAACUGGCAAAACAAGUCUCAGCUUGGCGGCUGCUGGACAGUUUGGUCUAGACGUCUACGCGAUGAACCUGUCCAAAGUCAACGAUGCGACACUGAGCGACCUAAUGCGCAAACUGCCAACACGAUGCAUCCUCCUCCUAGAGGACAUCGAUGCAAUUGAAAGCGCAAAGAGUCGUGAAAACAGCGAUGCUGGGUCGAGCACAAGCAGCAGCGUGACACUCUCUGGUCUUCUCAACGCGAUUGAUGGCGCAGGUUCCGUGGAGGGAAGAGCUUUGAUCAUGACAACUAACCAUGUUGAUCGCCUCGACCCGGCUGUCAUUCGACCAGGACGUGUGGACAAGAUGGUUGAAUUCGGGUUAGCAAGUCGAGAGAUGCUGCUGGGGCUGUUCCGAUACGUCUAUCUGCCCUUGUCUAGCAAGACCGAGAGAGUAGGAGACAAGAACGAAGGAGUCGUCAACAACCAAGACGCUCAGGAUACCCAGAAGCAUAUCCAGGAGCUGGCAGCGAUGUUCGCUGAUCGUGUGCCUGCGAUGAAAUAUAGCCCGGCUCAGAUCUUGUCAUUUCUGAUUGCUCACAGGCAUUCGCCUCGAGACGCAGUGGAAAAUGUCAUCUCCUGGGUUGAAAAGGGGGGGGAAGGUUUCAUUCCUCUGAGGCGCCAGACUUCUACGAUGAACACGAAGAGCGAGGAGGCAGUGGACGUGCUGGUAGGGGUUGGCAUGGAUGAUAUCCAGUCGUGGUCAACAGUGUGUUAG